UUCCCCACCCCCCCACCCCCCUUUAUUCAAUAUUUCUCUCUGCUUCUCCCUGUUCUCGACAAGAAUUCAUAAACCAGCUCGUAGCUAGUCUUGUACGAAUAUAUAUCCUUCCUUAAUCAUCAUGGUACUGAUGGUCACUUGCAUGGCUGCUUCUCUAAAGAAACUUGCGUCUUUGUUACUUGUACUAACAUUUCUAGGGAAGAGUUAUGUGUUUGGUCAUUUUGUGGUCGAGAAGAGCAGCCUAAGAGUGUUGUCUCCCAUGAGUUUGAGAUCAAAACAUGACAGUGCAAUAGGUAACUUUGGUAUUCCAGAUUAUGGUGGCUACCUGGCUGGUUCUGUUAUGUAUCCAGAUAAAGGAGCUAAUGGUUGUCAGAGUUUUGAUGGUGAUAAGCCCUUCAAGUCUAAAGGCUCUCGCCCAACUAUUCUACUUCUUGAUCGUGGAGAAUGCUACUUUGCCUUGAAGGCAUGGAAUGCUCAACAAGCCGGAGCUGCAGCAGUGUUAGUGGCUGAUAGCGUAGAUGAGCCUCUAAUAACUAUGGAUUCUCCUCAGGAAAGCAAGGACGCAGACGGGUAUAUAGAGAAGAUUGGAAUCCCAUCAGCUCUGAUAGAGAGGUCACUUGGAGAGAGCCUGAAACAAGCCUUGAAAAAUAAAGAAUAUGUGGUGGUAAAAUUGGACUGGAGAGAGUCAGUGCCUCAUCCUGACCAGAGAGUUGAGUAUGAGCUUUGGACAAACAGCAAUGAUGAAUGUGGGGCUCGAUGUGACGAGCAGAUGGAUUUUGUGAAGAAUUUCAAAGGCCAUGCUCAGAUCCUCGAGAGGGGGGGUUACACUUUGUUCACUCCACAUUAUAUUACUUGGUUUUGUCCCCCGCCUUUCAUUCUUAGCACUCAAUGCAAAUCUCAGUGCAUAAACCAUGGGCGAUACUGUGCUCCUGAUCCAGAACAUGAUUUGGGGGUGGGAUAUCAGGGAAAGGACGUGGUCUUUGAGAACUUGAGGCAACUUUGUGUCCAUAGAGUUGCCAAUGCGACCGGAAGGUCUUGGGUUUGGUGGGAUUAUGUGACAGAUUUCCAUUUCAGGUGUUCCAUGAAGAACAAGAGAUAUAGCAAAGAAUGUGCUGAAGAUGUUUUGAAAUCACUUGAUUUGCCUGUUGAGAAGAUCCAAAAAUGCAUGGGUAACCCUGAAGCUGAUGUGGAGAAUGAGGUGCUCAAAACUGAGCAGAAACUGCAGGUAGGCCGAGGAUCUCGUGGUGACGUUACCAUCUUGCCAACAAUGGUGAUUAAUAACGUUCAAUAUCGAGGAAAAUUGGAGAGGGCUGCGGUGCUGAAAGCGCUAUGUUCUGGAUUCAAGGAGACCACUGAUCCUCCAGUUUGUUUAAGUUCAGAGCUUGAGACUAACGAGUGUCUGGAAAGGAACGGAGGGUGUUGGCAGGACAAACAAUCUAACACAACCGCUUGCAAGGACACAUUUAGGGGAAGGAUGUGUCAGUGUCCAGUUGUGAACGGUGUUCAGUAUGCAGGAGAUGGUUACAUGUCUUGUAAACCUAUUGGACCUGGAAGGUGUGCAGUAGAAAAUGGAGGAUGCUGGUCAGAAACAAAACAUGGAUUAAGUUUCUCAGCUUGCUCAGAGUCCCAGUUGACCGGUUGCCGCUGUCCACAAGGGUUUCAGGGGGAUGGCUAUCAAUGCGAAGAUAUCGAUGAAUGUAAGACGCACACUGCUUGCCAAUGUGAUGGCUGUUCCUGCAAAAAUAAAUGGGGUGGAUAUGAGUGCAAAUGUAAGGGGAACCGCAUAUAUAUAAAGGAACAAGAUGCUUGUAUUGAAAGAAAUGGAUCCAAAUUUGGAUGGUUCCUCACCCUUGUGAUCCUAGCCGUUGUGACUGGUUCCGGUAUUGCUGGUUAUAUAUUCUACAAAUACAGGCUUCGGUCUUACAUGGACUCAGAGAUCAUGGCUAUCAUGUCACAAUACAUGCCACUUGACAACAACCAGAACAAUGAAGCUCCACCAGAAUCCCAACCAUUACGACAUGGCACAACUGUGUAAGAUGCAAGAACUAAAGCAUCCAAUCCAGCAAAGAAUGAUUCCAUUAGAGGAGCGGAGAUUAUGUGUCUGCUGAAUGGAAAUUUUCGUAACCAAUGGCAGCUCUUCUACACAACAGAGAGAGGUCCAGUUCCUGUGCUAUAUACGGUUUAGAGAAGUACGUAUUUUUUAGAACAUUUAUAGAAGAAUCUCCUGAGUUUUCCCUUCUGUAUAUAGAAAUAGUUGAGAUCAUGUAGAUGUUGCUUCAAAUAUUAAAUAAGGACACGUGAAGGUGACAAAAACAGGUACGAUGAAGAGAAUAAAGAGAUGCAAGGAUAAUGCUGCUUUGAAUCAGUUUAUUUAAGAACACUUUUCAACAAUUUCUACCUGCAGAGCAUACUUGAUGAUA